AAAGAGACACAUUACCAAUAAUUCCAUCCCAAAUCGUCAACAACCUGAAAUGGCCCUUUAGCUCGUGCCCUUCUCGUAGGUAGUAUAACAUGGCACAGAUUGGAUCCUUGCACAGAGCAUUACACAUGCAGAGAUGCACAGGUGUUGUUUUAUUGCGAUCAUCUGUGGCAUCUUUUAGUACCCAUAGUCCAGUUCCUCAGUUAUUACAGAUUGGUACUGUGAAGACACAACAGCACAGAUGUUACUGUAGUGACAGCAACAAAAGUAAAUCACAGAAUAUAAAGGCCCAAGAAAAUGUUGAUAUUGGUCCAGGUACUUGGAAAGAAGUUUAUCAUGGCAUUCUGACAACUCAAAUCAGAAUGGUGAAAGUCUUUUCCCUGUCAACUUCAUUCAUAGGACUUUCAAUGCAGCCUCUUCUUUUCCAGAAAGUUGUUGGUACUGGUGCUGGAUUAGCAAUUGCUGCAGGAUCCUUUAUUGGGUUUUUCACUUUCGUAACCCCUUUCCUGAUUCACUGGAUCACAAAGAAGUAUGUUACGAGAUUAGAAUACGAUCCAAAACACGACAUUUAUUCUGCAACAACUUUAACUUUCUUCUUGAGAGAAAGAAAGAUUAAUUUUAAAGUAGAUGACGUUCAAGUGCCAACAGUACCAGGUAUCUUCACUACUUUUCAUGUCAAAAACCAGCCCCUCUUUGUGGAACCUAGGAUGUUUGAAGACAUCGAACAUUACGGAAGAAUAAUGGGAUACGACAAACCAAUAGACUUCAGUCCUGAUGAGGAUGAUAAAGAACAUAAGUAAUAUGACAAUUGGAGUUCCUUUUGAAUAUAUUUAAGAAUUUUUAAAAUUGUGGAUGGUUAUCAUAGGAAUUAGAUAGUUAGAAUUUUGAGUAAAAUUAAUUUUGAAGUUUCAGUAAUUAAAUUGAAAAACCAAUGUGAAUUCUUGUUCAUUCAACAACUGUAAUAAAAUAUUUUGUGUAUAUAGACGUUAUAUUUUUAGAUUGAGCACUUGGUACAUUUCCUAUCAUUGUAAAAUAUUUUUGUAGGAUGUAUUUAGUUGCUAAUAAAAUUGUUCUGUGGAA